UGGUGCAUCAAUUGCCGUGAAGAAUAGGCUGGCAUUCAGGCGCAAAACGGUUGAUAAAAUCCCGGGUGAAGAACAGAAUCGAUCGGAUAAUACUGAUCCAGGUAGCUGUUUGCCUGGUUUUCCCAGUGCGAUUGCUCCUAUAGCUCAGGCAGCUUCUGUUUAUCCUAUUAUCCACGAGACUGUUGGAGGUUGGACCCCUGCAGAAGUCCUCGGCAAGUGACAACUAUCAAACUACCGUUCAGCCGACGGUGGCUCGUCCGUGAAGCGGGGAUGUUUGAAGAGACAUUUAAAUUAAAAGGGCAGGUAAGGUUGUCGAUCAUCACUCCUGCGCACUUGGAGAGCGCUUCUUGGCUCAAACGACGCUGGUUUGGAAUGGUUCAAGUCCGCGCCCGAUGGGGAAAGGGGACAGAUUAGCCUAAAGAUGGCGACUUGCUUUAGCUCUUCUGUUCAGAGGUGUUGAAAUUGUAUCAUUUAAAAGGUAGUCGGAUGCUGGAAGUCCAGGAGGUCAAUCAAUCCUGCAGUGCAGUCCAAUUCAACUUAUUUCCAGCUUUUUUUUUUUUUUUGAAACCUUCCUCGAACUUGAUCAACAUGGUGUAUCUUAAGAACCUCGCCGGUACCAUCACCCUCCUGGCGUCGGUUGCCUCGGCCAGAGUCAUCGCUCGCCAGGCGUCGGCCAGCAUCGACGAAGCCUUCACGUCGCAUGGCAAGAAGUACUUCGGCACGGCUUCCGAUCAGGGCUUGUUGCAGAACAGCCAGAAUGAGGCAAUCAUCGCGGCGAACUUUGGGCAAUUGACUCCGGAGAAUAGUAUGAAGUGGGAUGCGACUGAGCCAUCGCAGGGAAGCUUCACUUUGGAUGGAGCGGAUGCGCUGGUCGACUAUGCCCAGAGCAACAAUAAGCUCGUGCGCGGUCACACCCUCGUCUGGCACUCGCAGCUCCCCUCGUGGGUUUCGAGCAUCUCCGACAAGGAUACCCUGACCAAAGUCAUCAAGGACCACAUCAAUACCGUCAUGGGCCAAUACAAGGGAAAGGUGUAUGCCUGGGAUGUGGUCAACGAGAUCCUAGAUGAGGACGGCACCCUCCGCGACAGCGUCUUUUCCAACGUCCUGGGUGAGGACUUUGUUCGUAUUGCCUUUGAGACUGCUCGUGAGGCGGACCCGGAUGCCAAGUUGUACAUCAACGAUUACAACUUGGACUCGGCCGAUUAUGCCAAGACCCAGGGCAUGGUGAGCCUCGUGAAGAAGUGGUUGGAUGCAGGCAUUCCCAUUGAUGGGAUUGGAUCGCAAACCCAUAUCAGCGAGGGCGCAUUCCCUUCUUCCGGUGUCUCAGGAGCUCUGAGCGCACUCGCGGGCACCGGUGUUUCCGAGAUUGCCGUGACGGAACUCGAUAUUGCUGGCGCCGGCUCGGAGGAUUAUCUGAAUGUCGUGAAUGCCUGCUUGGACCUGGAGGCCUGCGUUGGUGUCACUGUCUGGGGUGUUUCGGACAAGGACUCGUGGCGCUCUGACAGCUCCCCCUUGUUGUUCGACAGCAACUAUCAGCCUAAGGAUGCGUACAACGCUAUCAUUGAUGCUCUGUAAAUUGAAUAAGGACGGAGGAAAUAUCUAUGGGACUGGGGAGGCUUGCAUGUCAGGAUCUACAGCUAAACAUACAUUACUGGAUGCGAGGCCCUCGAAUUGAAUCAAUCCAUUUACCAGAG